UUUCCCACAAUGCAUCACGGGUUGGAAAAGAAGAUAAGGAAGUCUGGAAGUUUAGAAAGGGUAGGGAGUAACAAACGGAAAAUAGACUUAGGCUGGGGGUUAAAGAGCAGAAAGUUAUUUAGUCAGCCCGAAUACCAGUAAGCAGCUGGGUAUUCAUUUAUCGAGCUGAUUUUGCUCUGAUAAAGUGGGCGCAGGCUUGCGUUUAAAACGAGUCGGUAGGAAGACUGGCUAAAAUGUGUCCCGUUUUUAAGCUGCAGUCAAAUGCUCAAACACUUUUCGAUCAUUUCUGUUUACCUUGUUGCAUUGAGAUCUUCGGUCGUUGAGUUAUGCUUUCAAGAAAGAAAAGUAAAAGUGAGGUGUCGAAACCAGCUGAGAUACAUGGAAAAUAUGUUAAAAAGGAGACAUCUCCGCUCUUGAGAAAUUUGAUGCCCUCAUUUAUUCGCCAUGGCCCCACAAUUCCCAGACGUACGGAAGUUCCUUUAACAGAGCCUACGCCUCCGGCAUACCCAGUUGGUCCAGCUGAAACUGUGAUCACUCAGAAUGAGAGUUUUUUGCGCAGCCCUGUACAGCGACCAACUCAUGUUGCACAUCGUGAGAGCAAUCGAAUAUCUGCGCCACCAUAUAUCCCUCACAGUGUUGGGGAUGUGCCAUGUGAGUUUGGGGGCUCAUCCCAGUCUUUCCUCAGUGAGAUGAAUGCUUUGGCGGAAAAUGGAGAUGUUUGCUCUGCUGGUCAUUAUUGCUACCGCCAGGACCCUUUCUUUAAUGAGCAGCAGCAACGACGCAGGAGGCAGAUGCCAGAUCGCUUUCAUGAGGAUUAUAGAUGCCAUGAACAUGGUGAGCAGACAUUCCAAAGAGUGGCGACGACUUCUCAUGCCCAGAACAGACAUCCUGUGGGAAUUGGGCAUAUUCAGGCUAAAUCUCUGGGAAAUCUAGCAAGUCCAAGUGGGGAGGACCUCCCACUUCCAGCUGGCUGGACUGUCGAUUGGACCAUUCGAGGGAGGAAAUAUUAUAUUGACCACAACACCAAUACAACACACUGGAGCCAUCCACUGGAGAGAGAAGGAUUGCCACCUGGAUGGGAAAAAGUAGAGUCUGCUGAGUUUGGAGUCUAUUACGUUGAUCAUAUAAAUAAGAGGGCACAGUAUCGUCAUCCCUGUGCCCCAAGUGUUCCUCGCUAUGACCAGCCACCACCACUUCCACCUCCAGUGACCUACCAGCCUCGUCUCAUGGACCGGAACCAACUAGUUCUUGUACCUGCCAAUCCGUAUCAUACAGCUGAAAUCCCAGAUUGGUUGCAGGUGUAUGCCAGAGCCCCUCUCAAGUAUGACCAUAUUCUUAAGUGGGAGCUGUUCCAGCUUGUGGAUUUAGACACAUACCAAGGUAUGUUGAAGCUACUGUUUAUGAAAGAACUGGAGCGCAUUGUCAAGUCCUAUGAAGCCUACCGACAAGCUUUGCUCUCAGAGGUGGAUACAAGAAAGCAGCGACAACAAUGGUAUGCACAGCAACACAGCAAGAACUUCACCAGCAACAAAUGACUGUAGGCGGUUCUUCUUUCGGAACAAGCAUGCCAUCUUGUGGGUUUGAAUUGUAUCAAACGUGCUUCUGUUUUUGCUGCACCCAAAUUAAGAGCCAAGUUUAUUCAGUUGUGUGUUAAUGUAUAAAUGUAUAAGCUUAGAAUAGAAAAUUAUGUGCAUGUGGAAGCUGAAUGAAGACUUGUGCCUUAUGUAUAAUUACUCUAUAAAGCUGGUACAAGAACAUUCUUCUUAGUGUUCGCAGUAGCCAAAUUUAUACAUCUGUGGAGAUUGAUAUAAUUUAUAUCUUAAAACAAAUGCUUUUUUAAGUGUGUUUUCUGUUGAGUUUUGUAAGUCAGGCCACGUUAUCGUUGACUUUCCUCAGGCCUACUCCCAUACACACAAAAAAAAUAAAAUAAAUAUAUAUAUAUUUAUUUUAUUUUUCUCCCAGAUAUAUAUACACACACGCACGCAUGCACACACGUAUGUAUAUAUAUAUGUGUGUGUGUGUAUAUAUUUAAGAUCUCUCAUCUGAACUGCAACACAUUUUGGCAUAUUGUCUGGCUCUUGGUGCUGUACAAUUGUCUAAUAUGGAUUUCUUAUAAAAUACUGGAGCUUUGUGAUGUAUUUUAGCCUUUGUACACUAUACAAUAUAGUUUCUUUGUACAUGGAUACAUCUAAUUUAUCUGAAUUUGGUUUGAUCAUCUUUGUGUACUUUCACAUUAAAGCAAGCUUGAGAGGGAGGUAGGUUUCGUAAUGAUA